AUACGCUCCAACACGCUUUGAUUCCUCACUCGGUCUUUUUCUGUAAACUGUGGCGAACAAGUUGCAAUUUGAGCUGCAGAGAAGAAGCUACUGCUGCUGAUCGGUAGGCAAAAAGUAUUUUUAACCAGCCAGCUGCAGAGAAAACGGAGUAUGCUCAACGAGAUAAUUAUAGCGCAAACGGACUGCGGGUUAUUUUUUUUCCGUUAACUUUCUCGCAACACCCACCGAGACGCAAAACAACAACGACUGUCCGCAUGCAUCGGAUCGACGUUUGGCAAACAGAUGUGACAAGAGGGCCCGAAUCCAACAAAACAGUUUCCCUGCAAAACAUUUUGAUGAUCUGUGCAAUAUCAACUCUCGGAUUUGCCAACUGAACAUAACACGCCAUGUACCAAGUAGUACCGGGAGGAGCUGGGGGCACAAUUACAGAUGUUAUCCCCAAGCAGAAACACAGCAAGGACACUCGACCCUUAGUCGGAGCUGGAGUAAUCGGCCUGGUGCUGGUGAUUGCAGCUGUGACUGCGUGGUGUUAUUACAUCGCCUCUCUGCGCAAAGCUGAGCUGCUUAAGACACAGCUGCUGGAUCUGAAUAAAGAUGGCUACAUUAUCCGCAACCAGGGAGGAUCUAUUGUUUUCAGAAUGGAUUUCAGGUCGGGGACCCUUGAUUUGGAUUCCUGCUCGAAAGAAGGGGAGAUUUUAAGCUGUGGACGUACCACUGAUAGGAAAUUAAACUUCUUCAUUGAGACAGUGCGACCUAAGGACACCGUUCAAUGCUACCGUGUGCGAUGGGAGGAACUGGUUCCUGACAUUCCUGUUGAACAUGCCAUGACAUACAAGUUUGCUCACUGGUAUGGUGGUGCAGUGUCAGCAAUUCAGCACUGGCCUAUUUCUAUUUCCGGCCAACAGGCACCCAAACCAUUUGUUACUAGUGACAUCUACUCAAACCGGAAUGAAUUUGGUGGAAUUUUGGAGAGUUACUGGCUUUCAUCCAAUGCUACUGCCAUCAAAAUUAAUAAUUCUGUUCCCUUCCACUUGGGUUGGAAUGACACAGAGAAAACCAUGUACUUCCAGGCACGAUAUAGCGAUAGUCCUUUCAAACCAAACCCAGGAGAGGCUCCAUGUGCAGAACUUAGCUACAGAGUUUGUGUGGGCUUGGAUGUGACAUCCAUACACAAGUACAUGGUUCGCAGAUACUUCAACAAACCAAACAAAGUGCCUGCCAAAGUUAUGUUUAGGCAUCCUAUUUGGUCAACUUGGGCUUUACAUAAAACUAACAUUGACCAAGAGAAGCUCUUGACUUAUGCCUCCAACAUCCGCAAACAUAAUUUCAACUGUAGUCAUCUGGAGCUAGACGACCGCUACACCAGCCGCUACGGGGAAUUUGAGUUUGACAGAAUAAAGUUUCCCAAUGCUUCAGCCAUGUUCCAAAAACUGAAAUCAGACGGAUUUCUGGUGUCACUCUGGAUUCACCCUUUUGUUAACUAUGACUCAGAAAACUUCCACACCUGCGUAGAGAGGGGUUUGUUUGUCCGAGAGCCCACAGGGCGGCUGCCGGCCUUGGUGCGUUGGUGGAAUGGCAUUGGAGGCAUUUUGGAUUUCACAAACCCAGAAGCCCGUGAUUGGUUUUCCUCCCAGCUACGUUCACUGCGCUCUAGGUAUGGGGUGUCCUCCUUUAAAUUUGACGCAGGGGAAACCAACUACUUACCAUGGAAAUUUAGUACUCGGACUCCCAUUCGAGACCCAAGUUUUUUCACAAGACGUUACACGGAGAUGGCUAUUCCCUACAAUGAUCGAGCUGAGCUGCGCAGCGGUUACCAGUCCCAGAACAUAUCCUGCUUCUUCAGGCCAAUUGACAGAGACUCUGUGUGGGGAUAUGAGUUGGGUCUCAAAUCUCUUAUUCCCACAGUGCUCACCAUCAGCAUCCUGGGCUACCAGUUUAUUCUACCAGACAUGAUAGGAGGGAAUGCCUAUCUGAACCGCACUGAUGGAAAUCGUGUAUUACCUGAUCGAGAGCUCUAUAUCCGCUGGUUGGAGCUGUCAGCAUUCAUGCCCUCCAUGCAGUUUUCUAUUCCGCCGUGGGAAUACGACAACGAGGUUGUUGAAAUUGCUCGGAAAUACACAGCGCUCCAUGAAAGUAUUGUGGCGCCAAGGGUCCUGGAGCUGGCUGGCGAGGUGCUGGACACUGGGGACCCGAUCAUACGUCCCCUGUGGUGGAUUGCCACAGGUGAUGAGACAGCAUAUAAAAUCGACUCCCAGUUCCUGAUUGGGGAUGACCUCAUGGUAGCCCCAGUUUUAGAGCCUGGAAAGCAAGAGCGCGACAUCUACCUCCCUGCUGGCCGUUGGAGGAGCUACAAGGGGGAGAGGUUUGAUAUCAAGGAGCCACUGCAUCUCACGGACUAUCCUGUAGACCUGGAUGAAAUUGCCUAUUUUGUUUGGGUGUAGCAAGAAGGAAAUGACAGACUUGACAAGCCUGUGCUCCAAUUUCCUUGGGAGAAAAACAUCACAAAUUUGUCUUUAAUGGUUGAGAAGGGAGACUUUAAAUUAAAAGAUUAAUUUUGCAAAUGCUUUUCUGCAACAAAAUGUGUAGACUUUUGAGCUAAACUUAAAUUUUAACACCACAUUACUUCACAAAUGUGGAACUGUCUUACUCAAAAACGCUCAAAACCUCAUUUUAAUUUUUCAUUUAAUUGUUCGAUUUCAUUUAAUCGGAUGAAUGUAACAUCAUCUUCAGCAUUUUGCGCUUUAAUAAAAAAUAGCUAUGAGUCCUUUACAGUAAGACUGCAUCGUAAGCUACUGAUCGUAUCGGUAAAGCUAAGAGUAUUAAAAUCAUAACAGUACAUUUUAAAGCUCAUCAUUGGAACAUUUUUUUAGUUAUUAGAGGAAGAAUUUUCAAGUUAUUUUAUUUGUCAUAAGCUACGUAGUGUUGCUUUAAAAGCCGUAUAAGUCGUGUAUUUGACACAUUUGUUUAAAAGGGAAUAUACAAACUGUGAAUUGAAUGAGGCAUAAUUGCCACUUUAUGCCAUAAAGCUGUUGUAUCUUUGAGUCUCACAGCACUUUGAAAUUCAGCUUAAGCCAAACAGACUGUAUCGUGGGAGGACAACUGAGGGCAUGUCACUCUUGUCAUUCAGCAGAUUGCAGUUCUACAUAAUAACUGGAGAAAUCCUACUUUCCUGUGACACUAAUGACUUUUCAGAAAGUUUUUAUGCUUCACAUAUCAGGAUGACUGCUGGAGGUUUAAUCAUUACAAACUGCAGAUGCUCUCAUUUGUGUAACACAGUGUCAUGUAACUACUCUUCGCCCAAAAGAAGGUGCCUUUUAUUAGGCUCUAAAUAUUUGAUGCUCUUCCUCAGGUAACUGCUUUCUCAGGCUGUAGUGUGUUUGAAGUGUCUGGUAGCUAUUCUUAUGUGUUUUGCUGACACUGAAUGUAGCAUAACAGCAAAUACUGCAAUGUCUACUACAGUGACUAUCACAUCCAAAAUAAUAAUAUUUCUGUAGCAUCAGUUAUAACUGUUACUUUAUGACUAUACUGUUCAUUAUGAAUUUAGCAUCACUUAAUUAUCUGUGUACAUGGUACAGUGUUUUGUUAAUGUGAAUAUUUUAACUGCAGUGACGUCUCUAAGACCCGUGUGUUAAUAACAACUGCCAUGUGUUGUGUGUGAUUUUUUUAAAAUUCAUUUAUUAUUGUUAUUGAUUUUUAUCUACCAGUUUUAGUGACAUGACUCUGGGGUGAGUGGGUUUUUACCACAAAUGCUGCAGAACAUGAUCUCCUGUGUUCGUCAGACAUGAUAUUGUCCUUUAAUUUUUCACUAUAUCUUCUUUUUUUCACAGUUCUCGAUCAAAGUAUAUCACACAAAAUCAUGUAUCUUAUUAUCCAGACAUGAAACAGAUAUUGAUCUUUUCAUAGGGGUAGGGCAGCAAGCAUCUUUCACUGACUGGCACCCCACGAAGUAUAUCCAAGAAGCCAAGAAUAAUAUUAGUAACAUGGGUCAUCUUCAUUUGUGUUACAAGUUUUAGAGGAGAUUUAAAAUAUAUAUAUUUUGACAUGAUUAAAAAGAUUCUGAAUCCUUCCUAAAAAUGAAUAAAUGCAUAAAUUAUUGUGUUUAGCGAUGUCCAUAUUUGACCCUUGUGGUUCUCGUGGUACUUCUUUUAAUAACUGAUGGGUUUUGAAGCUGCACUAACAGUGAUUUUAUGUCUUUUCAAACACGGCUAAGACAAUGUCCACGUUCUUAUUGUGCAAUUUCCACAUUUACAAUGUAUGAUUCCUGCUCAUGACCUGUAUUGCAGCCUCUUGUGCCUCGACAUGAGGCUUCCCUGUUGACCUCAGUGUGUUAUGUUUGUGUCUUUUUGACACAGUUGCAUCAUGACUACACUGCCUAUUUAAAGCAGUCCUCACUUAGCAUCUGGUCCAGGCCAAUCUCUGAAGCUAUUUCUGUCUCAGACGUCUUGCUUUAUGACAAGGCUGAAAGACUGAAUCUCGGGCUGGAAGAUUUUCAUAUUUUUUUGUUUGCUUUUAGCUCUUCUGACCCAGUGUGUGCAGGUUGUUGUAAGUGAUAAUUGGCAUCAUUUGCAUGUGACUAAAAGACUGCAUUAAUUUCAAAGUGCAUGUUUGAUGUCACUUUGGGUGAAUGUAUUAAAAGAAAUCAAGCUUGA